AUGGCCACUGCCGAGAAACCCCAAACCAAGCAGAAGCAGUUCGAGGUGCCGGACUAUUCCGACGAGGACUACGACAGUGCCGAUGACUACUCUGACGAAGAAGAGGUCCCGGUCCCGGUCCAGAAGAAGAAGCAGCUCCAGCGCCGGCAACAACAGCCCCAGAAACAAGAUGAACUCGAAGAAUACUCUGACGAAGAUGACUACUCUGAUGAAUACUCCGAUGAAUACUCCGAUGAUGAGAUGGUCCAGGGCAAAUCCAUGCAGCCCUACAGUGCGCAGCGUCAAGAAGAUGACAAGGAUCCCAAUGGCGGCAUGAACGUGAUUGAUAAGAAGGAGAAGAGUCUUCUUGACGAGGAGGGCAUGAAGCUGAAGCUGGAGUUGAAUCUGGAAAUUGAAAUUGAGUUGAAGGCGCAUAUCCACGGUGACCUGACCAUUGCUCUGAUGUAA